AUGUCUAAUUACACGCUGCUGCAUUUGACCAAAGUGCAGCAGCCGUAUCUGCAUUCGGUUGGCAGCAGCUACGCGGCUCUGGCCAAUGUCGAUGGCUUCUAUGGACCGACCUUGGAGGCCGGCCUGUUGGAUUUCCAUACGAAUGGAACGGCCACCCAUGCAAAUCUCACGGCGGACAGUGUUCUGGUGCUUAUCGGUGAGGAGAACUAUAGCUAUCGUUCCACAUCGACCAUUGUCCUUAUGGUCGCCGCCUGGAUUCUACUCAUCCUUGGAUUUGUCUUUUGCUGCUGUGCCGAAUGUUGUGGCGUUAGUGUUUGGCGUGGCAAGGAGCGUUCCGGCAGCGACUCCCUGAAUCGACUCGAACAGGGUACAAGUCGAGGGACAGGUGAAAACUCCUCUAACUCUGCAACUGCAG